GACAAAACAAACCACAAUGACUAAAUUCAUUUGUUCAUUUCUUCUCAUGAUUGUUUUCAUUUCUGUGAUCCAAGAUGCAUAUGCAGGUGGAGAAGGAUUACUUCUUUCUGAAGAAAGUGAGAGGGAAUGUGAGAAUCGUUGCUCAAUAGCUAUGGACAAGAAAGCAUGUCUAACCUAUUGUAACAUUUCUUGUGGAAAAUGUUUUUGUGUUCCAUCUGGAACAUAUAGUCAUAAGGAAGAAUGUCCAUGCUACAACAACUGGAAAACUAAGAGAGGAACACCCAAAUGUCCCUAGUUUCUGUAUUGUUCCUGCAUGCAUAAAUCUCAG